GGCCCGCGUGGGAACUGCGUGGGAACAGGAACCUGCCCAUUCUUCCACAAACCCAUACACCCCAUAGACCCAUCAACCCUACCCACAGUCAUACCCACAGUCAUACCCACAAGCGCCACCGAUUAGCAUCCACCUCAAGCGCCCUUCCAUCGUCUUUAUGAGCCAUCACCGCUGGUGGAAACGCAGCCCCUCCCCCCCGAAGACCCACCCGCCGCGUGAAGAUGACCACACCGACUACCAUCUCCUCUUCGGCGACGGCACGGACGCGAAGGCUGAGGAUGAGAUGAGGAGGCAUAAGGACGCUUUUUAUCGGAUUUAUUCGGAGAUCAGCAAGAGGCGGAAGGAGAUGGGGUUUGCAACAGCGAGGGAUGGAUCAGCGACGGGCCCGCCGAGCACACCUGGAGAGCGGCGGGAAUUCCGUGAUCUCGUUGAUGGGCUCACGUAUAAGAGCAAGAUAUCCUACGGCAUCGUCGGCUGGCUCUUCCACACCUACCUCUGCCAUUGCUACUUCCGCCGCGUCAUCCUGUGCGCCAACAGCCCGAGUACGUGGGGCUUAAUCACACACCCGAUGGAGACAUUAACAAGCUGCAAAGUCCACCCCUUCACCUUCCUCGACUGGAUCAGCAUCCUCGAACUCCUCUUCUACACCCUCUGUCUCGCCGGGCAGGUGAUGUACCGGCCCCUCGAACGCUGGAUUCUGACUUACGGCGUAUACGUCACGAACGGCGCGGUGUGCACAGCCUGGUGGUUCCUCUCCCGCGCCGCCGUGCGCGACGCAGGCUGGAGGUGGUGUCCCCCCCAAAUGGGCGGCUGUGGAACCUGGACAACCCUCUGGUCGCCCGUACUGCACUGGUGGCUCUUCCUCCUCCUCCGCCGCCGGGCCCUCGCGUUAGCGCAUUGGGAGGUCGAAACGCUCCUCGUCGACGCGCAAGCCAUGGCUAGAAUCAAAAUACCUAUCGGCAACGGGUUCAGGUUACAGACCCCACCCUUCUACCGACGCCCCUACACAUGUUACCAGCUCUGGGCAUGUUUCUCGUCCGCGCUGCCCAUCCUCAUUUGGGAAUGGUACAUCAAACACCCCGCGCCGAAGACUUCCUGGCAGCCGACGGAUUUAGCAGUGUGGCCCGGGCUGGUGAAGGUGGUGAUUGUGACGGCGGGGAGCACGGUGGUGUUGAAGGGCUAUUUUAGCUUUUUGAGUUUUCAAAAUAGGUGUGUGGCGUGGACAGAGCCGUUUAGGAAGGGGUUGGUGUUUGGGGAGGCGGAUGGAGUCGUGACCGUUGGGAUAAUCUAUUGAGUGCUGGUAGAUAGGCAUGCCGCGGCACAUGUACAUAGUGUUUCGCUCGCACUCUGAGAACGACUGCUUUUCAGAACACUCCUACCUUAUUGUAAAUAUUUGAUCUUGAUUAGCACACAUACGUAGCGAGAUCAAUCAUGAAGCUCUCUAU